AUGUCCUUUGACCUGCAAGAGCUUCCUCAAGCUCUGAAAGGGUGUGUCUUUCAAAAUGUGCAAAAGGGUUUCAUAGCACAGACAGGUGAUCCAACCGGCACAGGAACUAGUGGAGAUUCAAUAUACAGAUUCCUUCACGGUGAUCAUAUGGACGGUACUUUUAUUGAUGAUAGAAAAAUACAUGUAGGUUUUAAUCAGAGUUCUUUCAAAAUUUGGCGUCAGGUCUGGAGGAAAGACUCUCAACAUGGUAAAGAUCAUGUUGCCAAAAGUCCCGAGAAGAGAGAGCUUCGUCGUCAUGGCAGUGAGAAGAUUCAUAGGAGAAGUUCUCAUGGUUAUGGUGAAGGCAGAAAACGACACGGAGAUGAACGUUAUACUGAAGACAAGGCAGGCAAGUACGAUGGUAGAAGACAAGAGUUCAGAGAACUGGAGAGGGUUUUCAAUGAUAAGUUGAGUAAGGAGAAGAAACUACAAAGAGAAGAGAAAGAGAUCGUAAGGAUGAUGAACACAGAAGAAAAAUAUGCCGCCAAGAAACGAGAGUGGGGAUUACAUCAUGUCCCGGCUCAUGAGAUAGGGCAGACGUAG